CAAUGAGCCGCAAGAGAAAUCCGACUUUUUCGGGCACUCAUCUGUCCCCCGAACGACAAGGGGGCGCGUUCAUGGAGCCUCCCGUCUCGACGUGCCGCGCCGACGGCGAUUUCCUCAACCUGGAGCCCGACGAGGAGCUUCUGUGCUCGGUGAGCUCGGUCAGCGAACACCUGGGCAGGAACAUCAGCGCCGCGCUGGACGCCGCCAUGGCCGAGAUACGACACUUGCUCGGCCUCAGGAUACGAGCGCUCAAGAUGGAGCUGAGGGACAAAAGCGACGAGAUCGCGCUGUUGAAAGCCCAGCUAAGCGACGUCCACAGGGAUGCCAAAGUGGCUGGUCCUGAUGCUGCGGAGGCUUCCGACGCCGCCGCCGCCGCCGCCUUCAGGAGCUCCAAGAUGCUCAGCGUAGAUCCUAAAAGAGAGAAAAAGUCCCUCCUGCCCGGGGUGAAGAAAGAGAACAUCGACGCGAUUUGCGACUAUUUGAUGAAAGACAAGAACUCGAGAGGGGCCACGGAGAUGGAGGGAGGUGGCGAGCAGGGCAGCCAGGAGGAGGAUCCGCAUCCCCUCCACCUGUGGCCGGACGGCGGGAUGGGCGCCUCUGGGCCUGCUGGGCACGGCGAUGACAUCUUCAACAUGCUGCCCUCCAGCAGCAGACGCUUGUACGACUACGAGUGGAUGGCACCCAUGGAGUACUCGUCAGACCUGAAGGUUGGGAAGCAGCCCGAGUGUGAGAACGAGGAGGAGGAAAGCUCUUCGGAACAGACGGCGGCCCGCUUCCCGCACGUCCAGCCCGCCGAUUUCUCCGCGGUGCCCGCUUCGCCCGGGGAGGGCGGCGCACACCCGCAUCCCGAGGCAGGCCAGCAGUUCCCCAACCAGACCUUCAUCUGCUCUUUGUGCGGAACCUUUUGUCCCGACUCGGCGUUCCUGGAGGAACACGUUAAACUCAUACACCCCGACACGGCCGGCACCCAAGAUCUCCAGGCCGCGACGGCCACCGCGGGGGAUAAAGGACAGGCGGCGGACGGCGGGGAAGGGGGACCUGCCAAAAAGGAGGUCCAACUCAAGGGCAGGUACGAGUGCGGGGACUGCGGUCGCCAUUUUAACUACCUGGGCAACCUGCGGCAGCACCAGCGCAUCCACACCGGGGAGAAGCCCUUCGUGUGCCCGGACUGCGGGGAGCGCUUCCGCCACGCCGCCCGCCUCAAGAGCCACAGGCUGGUGCACAGCGGCGCCCAGAGCCCCUUCCCCUGCCUCCAGUGCGGCAAAGGCUUCUCCGUCCUCUCCGGCCUCAAGAGACAUCAGCGGGUGCACACCGGCGAGAGCCCGUACGCGUGCCCGCAGUGUGGCCGACGCUUUAAGGAGCUGGGCAACCUGUACACCCACCAGAGGAUCCACAGCGGCGCCACGCCGUACUGCUGCCAACAGUGCGGGCGCAGCUUUCGCCACCUGGGAACCUACAAGAGUCACCGGUGCACGCCCGCGCAGUGACCGGAUGACGCAGAAGAUCGCGUGGCUUUCGGUCAAUACCGCCCGCGAUGAACUCCGCGGGACACCUGAUGGACUUGGCGCCAUCCUCGCGGUCUGCUUGUGCUUUUCUGAUGAUGUCACGCAAAACACAGGGAACGAUCGAAUGAGACGCUCGAGUUUUGGACGUUUUCACGCUUUGUGCACAAAUGUAGUCGUGUUUAACCUGCAUCAUGUUCUGUUACACGCCAUGUCUUGCCAAUUUUGUGUUUCAAAACAAUUGACGUCAAUGCAAACCACUGACAAUCCCUUUUUUUUUUUUUUUUUUUUUAAAUAAAAACCUAUCAACCA